CAGAUAAAUGUUGGAAAGUAGUGUAAUUUUCCAGACCUCCAUUACAAGAAACACUCGCUUAUCCUCUCUCUCUCUCCCUAUCUCUCUCUGUGAGAGAAGAAAAUGGAGAUUUCUUUCUCAUCAAUGGCAGCUUUGGUGGCUUUAGCCGUGGUGUCGAUGACGUGGAUAUGGCGAUUUGUGAAGUGGGUUUGGCUUAAACCUAAGUUUCUGGAGAAUUGCCUGAAAAGACAAGGCCUGUCCGGAACCACCUACACUCCUCUUGUCGGCGACGUGAGAAGGAACUCCAGUAUGUUGACGGAGGCAAGGUCCAAACCCAUCAAUCUGACGGACGACAUCACUCCACGCGUCCUCCCACUCCCCCUCACUAUGCUUAAGACCCACGGGAAGAGUUUCUUCACGUGGCUGGGGCCUAUACCGGUGAUUACACUGACAAAUCCUGAACAGAUCAAAGAAGUGUUUAACAAAGUUUACGAUUACGAGAAGCCGCAUAUAUUCCCUUUGGUCAGAUUGAUAGCAACUGGACUCGUGAAUUACGAUGGAGACAAAUGGGCGAAACACCGCAGGAUCAUCAAUCCCGCUUUCCACCUCGAGAAGAUCAAGAACAUGAUCCCUGCAUUCUACCAGAGUUGCAGUGAGAUAAUCGACGAAUGGGAGAGACUAGUCGCAGAAAAAGGGUCAUCGCGUGGGGUGGAUGUUUGGCCGUGGCUCGUGAAUCUGACUGCAGACGUGAUCUCUCGGACCGCCUUUGGAAGCAGCUAUAGAGAAGGGCAGAUGAUUUUCAAACUCCAAGGGGAAAUAGCUCAGCUCCUGUCACAAGCCUUUCAGAAAGCUUAUAUCCCCGGACAUAGGUAUUUCCCGACAAAGAGCAAUAGAAGGAUGAAAGAAAUUGACAGAGAAAUACGAGCUAUACUAAGCGGGAUCAUCGGCAAACGAGUGGGAGCGGGGGAAGCACCGAACGAUGAUUUGCUGGGUAUACUUCUCGAAUCAAAUUCCGUGCAAUCUAAAGGGAAGGGAAUGAGCAUUGAAGAAGUGAUGCAGGAGUGCAAACUGUUCUAUUUCGCCGGACAAGAAACCACUUCAGUACUAUUAGUCUGGACGAUGAUUUUGCUAAGCCAACACCAAGACUGGCAGGCUCGGGCGAGAGAGGAAGUGAUCCAAGUUCUCGGUGACCGGAAACCCGAUAUCGAUAGCCUCAACCAGCUCAAAGUUGUAACGAUGAUAUUAUACGAGGUUCUAAGGCUAUACCCUCCGGUGACGCAAGUGAGCCGAGCGGUCCACAAGGAGAUGAAACUUGGAGACCUGACUCUUCCAGGAGGCGUUCACGUCGAUCUACCGAUUAUGCUUGUCCAGCGUGAUGUCGAGCUAUGGGGAAGCGAUGCGGGAGAGUUCAAACCCGAGAGGUUCAAAGACGGGAUCUCAAAGGCGACGAAGAACCAGGUUUCGUUCUUCCCGUUCGGGUGGGGACCGAGGAUUUGCAUCGGCCAGAACUUCGCCAUGCUUGAGUCCAAGAUGGCUUUGGCUUUGAUUCUACAGAGAUUCUCUCUCGAGCUCUCCCCUUCAUACGUCCACGCUCCGUACACAGUCUUUACGCUUCAUCCUCAGUUUGGAGCUCAUCUCGUUCUUCGCAAGCUAUGAGAGAAUGGGUUUUUUUUCUAAGUAUAGAAUGCAGAAACAUAGCUUUGGUAAGGGAAUAUAUAAUGGAAUGGUUCCCCUUUUUAUGCAAUGCUGAUAUAAUCUCAUCGAAAAUGAAAAUUAUAAAUAAAAUUUUCAA